UCCUCAACACACCGCCGAGUCGUCGGAUUCAUCUUUAGUUGUCCUAACCCCUCCAGACUCUUCAUUAAAAGGCGAUGUUGUAUCUCUGACACUUUCUGACUAACUGAGAGUCAGUCAAGCAGUUUAAAGUGUAGUUAGCUGAAGGAUUAGGCGCUUUAGACGAGCCCCGAGCUUCAAAUGGGGGAGGUGAGGAAGCUGCAGAAGAAGUUAAGACAGAUUGAAAAUCUGGAGAUAAAAAUCAGUCUUACCCCAGAGGAGAGAUUUAAGAUCUCCAGGAAGGCGGAGCUGCGUUCCAGAUUGGCUGAGCUUCAGCUGCAGCUUUCUGGCCCGCAGCAAACUCUGGGGAUUGUGGGAGACGGAAAAAAGGAGAAGAUGAAAAGACAAGUGGAGGAUGCCCCCGAGGCCCUUCCAUCACAAACGCCUCCAGCCUCCAAGAUCCUUAAGGGAGAAGAGGAGUCCAGAGCUCGAGCAACGCCAGCGCCGGCUGCCUGGCUGAGGGAGGCGGGAGGGGGAGCAGAGACGGGCAGGCAGCGGGAAAGGACAGAGCCGGCCAACGUGUCAGAUCACUGCCGAGAAUCUGACAACGAGCAGCAACUGCGAGAGGAAGAAGCUGAAUUUACAUCCCUCAGAUCGUCUUGGGAGAAGGCAAAGUUUCGCUUGAGGCUGCUGGAGGGUCACAGUGACAUAGUCACCUGCGUGGUUGCUGUUGACAACCUGGUGGUUUCUGGAAGCCGAGAUACGACAGUGAAGGUGUGGCAUGUUCCCACCGCAACGGAGCACAGGAACCUGGGGGGGCACACCGGUGGGGUCACCUGUCUGUCUGCACCUCCCCCUGAGUACUGCAAGAGGAUGGCCUGGUCCCUGUCUUUGUCCGACAAGGAGAGGUUUAUUUUGAGUGGCUCGGCAGACUGCUAUGUGAAGAUCUGGGCCUUGAGCAUUGGGCAGUGUGUUAAGUCUAUCUACACGUUCAACGCUGUGACUGCGCUCUGCUUUGUGCCAGAGGAAGACGGCUACAUCAUCACGGGGUCAGACGGGGGCAAAGUUCAAGCCUGGAGCUGGCACACUUUCGAGAACUGCCAGUCAGUCAACGCUCACCAGGAAGCAGUCACCUCCAUUCAGUCUCAGGGUCCGCUGGUGUUCAGCGGCUCAGCCGAGGGAGGGGUGUCUGUGUGGGAGAACCGGUGUUCGGAUCGCGACCCCCUGAGGCUGCUGCACCACUGGAGCGGCCUGGUGACGGGCUGCGGAGGGGGGCCGGGAGGGCGUCUGACCCUCAGCCCGCGGGGAGACCGAGUUUUCCUGGCUCACGGUCGAGCCUGGCUCAAGAUCCUGCACUGGAGGACGGGUACGAUGUCCAGACUGACCAAUCACAGCAGCGUCACCGGGGUAACAGAUUGGGCUCACCAGACAGGAGGCCUCCUAAUUGGCUCCUGCUAUGAUCUGGCGAAUGGAGAGAGCUCGCUAAAUUUGUUCUCUCUGCCUCAGUGUCGGUACCUGGCCUCUCUGACCUGGCCCGACGCUCCCAGAAUCCUCUGCUUUGCGGCUUGGACCACAGGGAGCGGAGACCACCGGUGGGUCACCGGAGGUCGCGACCUCAUCGUAUGGGAGCAGCUCCCCAGCUCUGGGAAGCAGAGGGGUGACGUCACAGCGAGGAGGGACAGCCGAUUGGACACCUGCUUGCUGGAGUCGGACGGGGACACGGAAGAAGACGGGGAGACUGAUGAUUGUGAGAAUGAGGAUGAUGAUGAUGACAGAGAGGAGGGGAGAGACGGCCGGACCGACGGGGCGGAUGGCGGAGGCUCGUGGUUGCGCUGCGCUCUCCAGUGAGCGGAGGACGCCGCGCGCGGCCUGCACACCUGAAGAGGAAACGAGAGGGAGGGGGGCGUAGUGACAGCGAGGGAGGGUGCAGGGGAGUGAAGUGUGACAGACUGAGAGUCGAUGUCGGAGGGGGAGCAUAUGGAUGGAGGAAGCGUGUGUGCGUGUGCGUGCGCGCGCGUGUGUGUGAGUGGUAGGCAGACUGUUUUCUAUGUAAAUAUUAUUUCCACGUACAAUAAAGCUGUCACACCGUGACUCUCACCUCCAAAUUUG